ACCGCGGCUCUGCGCUGCGGCCAGAGCUGCCGGCUGGACGCGCGAACCUGAACUUGUCCCUUCAGCAGCGCUGUCCAAGCUGUGUGACCUCAAGCCCCUGCCUGAGAAGCCAGGCGCUGUUUCUACACCCCCAGGAUGGCAAAGGUGGCUAAGGUCCUCAACCCGGGAGUGCAAAAGAUGUCCCUGGGCCAGCAGCAGUCCGCAAGAGGAGUGGCUUGUCUGCGGUGCAAGGGAAUGUGCUCCGGCUUCGAGCCUCAUUCGUGGAGGAAAAUAUGCAAAUCUUGUAAAUGCAGCCAGGAGGAGCACUGCCUAAGCUCUGACCUGGAGGACGAUCGGAAAAUUGGGCGCCUGCUGAUGGACUCCAAGUAUGCCACCCUAACUGCCAGGGUGAAAGGUGGAGAUGGCAUCCGCAUCUAUAAGAGGAACCGCAUGAUCAUGACCAACCCCAUCGCCACUGGCAAAGACCCCACCUUCGACACCAUCACCUAUGAGUGGGCUCCCCCAGGAGUCACCCAGAAACUGGGCCUGCAGUACAUGGAGCUGAUCCCCAAGGAGAAGCAGCCUGUUACAGGUACUGAGGGCGCCCUCUACCGCCGACGCCAGCUCAUGCAUCAGCUCCCUAUCUAUGACCAGGACCCCUCUCGGUGCCGCGGACUUGCAGAGAGUGAGCUGAAAGCAAUGGAAGAAUUCGUCAAGCAGUACAAGAGCGAGGCCCUUGGGGUCGGCGAGGUAGCCCUCCCAGGGCAGGGAGGCUUACCCAAAGAGGAAGGCAAGACACAGGAAAAGCCAGAGGGCACAGAGACCACUGCCCCCACCACCAAUGGCAGUCUGGGUGACCCAUCCAAGGAAGUGGAAUAUGUCUGUGAGCUCUGCAAGGGAGUGGCUCCCGCUGACAUCCCUGUGGUCUAUGCUGACAGGGCUGGCUACAGCAAGCAGUGGCACCCCACGUGCUUUGUGUGUAACAAGUGCUCAGAGCCACUGGUGGACCUCAUCUACUUCUGGAAGGAUGGUGCACCCUGGUGUGGCCGCCACUACUGCGAGAGCUUGAGGCCCCGUUGCUCAGGCUGUGACGAGAUCAUCUUCUCUGAAGACUACCAGCGUGUGGAAGACCUGGCCUGGCAUCGGAAGCACUUCAUCUGUGAGGGCUGUGAGCAGCUGCUGAGCGGUCGUGCAUACAUCGUCACUAAGGGUCAGCUCCUGUGCCCCACUUGCAGCAAGUCCAAACGCUCCUGAAGGGCUGCCUACUCACAGCCAGCAGAUUCUAUUGGAUCCCACCAGGAGACUGAAGCUAUCCUAUGGGGCAGAUGCAACAGCCAGCAAGCAGUGCAUAUUCUAGGUUGAGUGGUGGUAGAUCCUUGAGGGUCAGUAGUUUCAAAACCAGAAGUAUUCUAAGAAGUCUUAGAAUGGAUUUAUUGUUUCCCAACUGCAACCAGUUGAAUACACACUGGUGCCAUUCAAGGGAGCCCUAGGAGAAAUUUCCCAGAAUGCAUUUCUGAGGGAUCUAAUCAAGUAGCUGUAGGAUGUGCUUUUUCCCCCGUGGACAUGGGAUCCCUCCAGAGAGCAGGAUUGAAUCUCAAUUCUCAUUUGUUUGCUCCUUUUUCAAGUGGAAUCUAAAUCUUCAAUAAACAACAUUUUGGGCAUGAUAAACACAUCAAUAAAAGGUUUAUGAGGUUCUCACGCACAACACCUUUAUCUGAUUAUUUACACCAAAGCACUGGUUCUGUAGUGUGUGCUUAGCCCCAAGCCCCUGAGCUGGCACUGCCAGGAGAUGAA